GUCCUCAGGAGGAUGUGGCUGCAGAACCUGCUUCUCCUUGGCACUGUGGUUUGUAGCAUCUGUGCACCCACUGACCUGCUCAGCCCUGUCACCCGGCCCUGGAAACACGUGCACGCCACCAUCAAGGAAGCCAUGAGCUUCCUGAAUCAAACUAGUGACCCAGCUGCUGUGCUGAAUGAAACCGUGGAAGUCGUCUAUGACCGGUUCGAGCCCCAGGAGCCGACGUGCCUGCAGACCCGCCUGGAGCUGUUCGAGAAGGGUCUGCGUGGCAGCCUCACCAAGCUCAAGGGCUCCUUGACCAUGAUGGCCAGGUACUACAAGCAGUACUGCCCAUCCACCCCGGAAACUUCCUGUAUGACCCAGAUUAUCACCUUCAAAAGUUUCAAAGAGAACCUCAAGGGGUUUCUGUUUGCCAUCCCUUUUGACUGCUGGGAGCCGGUGCAGGAGUGAGGCAGCAGGGCCAGCCCUAGGAGCUCGCUGCUCAGGCUGCCGCCGUCUCCGCUGGAAAGAGGCGGAAACUCAAGACCUCCCUGUGGAGGGACCAAGGGGUGGGCCACAGCCACGAAGGGGUGCUGCGGGCCUGCCACGGGCCACCUGGACCCUGCUGUGGGUGUGGGAAAUAUUUUAUACUGUCAGAAUCCGUAGUAUUUAUUUAUGUAUUUAUAUUUCUAAAAUAUUUAUUUAUUUAUUUAUUUAAGCUCAUAGUCUGUAUUUAUUCAAGAUGUUUUGCCAUAAUAAAUUAUUCACAGUCUGA